AUGUUGAUGAGAAAACCUGACAAGAAAGAAGGAAAAUAUGCCGCUAUUGAGCGAAAACUUCUAGAAUCAUCCAAAUCCUGCAGCAAGUUGGAAAAAAUCGCCAACGAAGAACGCAUCCGUGGAGAGGCGAAGAGCAUCCUUCUAACUGAAGACAACCUUGCUCCUAUUCAUAAACCUGUUGAGAAAAGUCCGGAUUUGAUUCAGGGUCUCCCGGAUAUAAGUAAAUUGCCCCUAUCCACCAGUCGUGACUCUGUUCACGACAGUGUGCAACUUACCACGAAUGCCAAGGAGAAUUCUCAGCAAAUCAAAGACGACAAAGAUGAAAUAGAUUUUAGCUUUGAUUCUGACAUUGUUUCACAGUCAUCUGCAUCACUUAAUAACCAAGCUGAUUCAAGAUCCUUGGAUCCUCGAAUAUCAGACUCCGAUUCACAUUAUUUCAGCCUCGUUCAGCCUCCUCGAUCACUUCUACUACAGUCACGUGAUCCUCAACAUCAGCCCCGUAGUCUUGUCCAAAAGCACAUCUUUGAUGGAGGUCAGGUCCAACCUAUAGUUCAGGGCCCGCCUGGAGACCAGGGUCCACCUGGAGGUCAAAACUGGCCUCGGUUAACAGAUGAAAAGAAUCCCGAGGAUCCUGUAUAUUCAACAAUAGAUGAAAGUGAAAGCGUUGAAUCUUUAGCUCUUUGGAGUCAAACAAUCUUAGUAGAUUCUCAGAAAGAAGAUUGCCGGAAAGAAGAUUUGCAAAAUAAAGAAGUGGGACGAGAUUCAUCUUUCGGCGUUUCUUCUCUUCAGGAUGAUGAAACCUAUGGGUUUGCUCCUGUUCAAACGAAUUCUCCGGCCUUAAAAACCUCACCGUCUCUUAAAGUUUCUCCGGGUCCCAAAAUUACUCCAUCUCCAACUUUCCCAGAUUUUCAUUCCCAUCUUCAGCCUCGCUCUGCCGGUCAUUUUCAGUCCCUGCCCUACCUUCUCAACCAGGAUGGAGGGGAGGAGAAUGAGGAACUAGUAGAGUAUGCUCUCAAAUACCAAGCAUACAGGCAUACAAGCAGGAGAACCAGACCAUCUGCUCUUAAUCUACAAGAAAGUCACAGUGUACAGGGUGUUCAUGGUGUACAGGGUGUACAGCCUGAUGUUUGGAACAGAAGAGAAAACAAUUUUGACAGGGUGGAUGGAAAUAAUACAGAUGGUGGUUCCGGCAGAGACUCUGUUGUAUCCUAUAGUUCUACGGAUACUUUACGCUAUCCGGAACCUGGAUCAACGGAUACACUUCGCUACCCUGAUCCCGGAUCAAUGGAUACAUUACGUUAUCCGGUUCCCGGAUCAAAUGAUACCCAGCGAUAUCGUGAACCAAGUCAUUCUCCACUUAGCCCUUACAGAAUGAAGAGCAACCCCUCCAGUCCUAUCUUUAGCCAAUACAGUAACAGUAGCAACCACAGCAACCACAGCAGAAGCAACAGCUCGCAAAGUAACAGCAGCCAAAGAUGUUCACCACAACAACCAAACACACCUAGUAUCCUACAACAUAAACCAACAGCCUCACAACAUCACCAAAGAUCAAGCUCCCAGAACUCAACAACUUCACACAGACAACAACAACAACAACAACAACAGGGUCGUCAACAUCAACAAUUAUACCAGCAACAAAAGCCAACUCACCAACAACAAUCUAGUCGUAGGCAGAGCUCAAACAAACAACAACAACAGUCAAGUUUACAGCACUCAGUUUCAUCGCAGAGUUUAAAUAUCGGUUUAGCAAGACCGAUAUCAGGUGCCGUACCAGCCCUUCAUACAGCUAACCAAAGAUACUGGAGUAAGGAUACUUUCCACCCUGAGAUUGAACCGUCUCCUAGUCCGUCCUCAAACCAGCUCCGGGACCAGAGUAAACACAGAAUGGACGAGAGAAAACAGAUUAUGUAUGAGCAAGGUGGAAGAGGGAAGGGAAGGUUGGGUCGGGAGGAUAAUGAGGGAAGGGAUGGAAGGAUGAUGAAAGAAAAGGGAAGGUUGGGUCGGGAUGAUUUCUCCUUCUCCAAAUCCGUCCCGAACCUUCUGACUCAAGCAAAACAAGAAACAGAAAAUAUAGUUACAUCUGAGAAAAUAGGAGACAUAAAGAAGGAUUGUGAAGAAGAAGAAGAAGGAGAAGGAGGAGGAGAAGAAGAAGGAGAAGAAGAAGAAGAACUAGCAACUAACGGACCUCAUGAUAAUGAGAUAUCAAGAGAAAAGAACAGGUACCUGGACCCUGCUAAGAAAUUAAUGGUAUCAGAUAACACAAUUAAACGGAUACAGAAGCAAGCAGUUAUAGAUUACUAUAAUAGGUUAAGGAAAGGAGAAGAAUCAGUGGAAGAGAGAAGAAAGGAAACCAAAAAUACAGAAGAAGAUGGAAAACGAAAUGAAACAAGGAGAAGAUACAAGGAUGGAUCAGAAAAGAAGGUUAAAUCAGGAUCAGAGAAGGAUGAAUUCCCGUCUCCUGGCACACCAAGAGAUGCUGGGAUCAACUCUAGAAAUUAUCAUGAAGAAAAUAAUCCAAGGCUCAAUUUUCUUAGAUCACUUAGUCAGGGCGAGGAUAACAAUGGUUCAAGAUUAACCUCUAAUCCAAACAUCUCCCCUGGACCAACCUCGUCGAAUAUUACCGUCUCCAACUCACCGGGGAUGACCGGCUCCAGCUCUGGCUCACCUAGGAUGACCGGCUCCAGCUCCAGCUCACAUAGGAUGACUGGCUCCAGCUCUGGCUCACCUAGGAUGACCGGCUCCAGCUCCAGCUCACCUAAGAUGACUGGCUCCAGCUCCCCGAGAUUGUUGACCCCUGAGCCUCCACCUCCUCCUCCCUUAGACAAUCUAGAGGAGCUGGAAAUGGUUUGUAAUGAUCCCCUUCCUCCUCCUCCUCCUCAUUCACUUCAAUACAGUUUAAGUCUAAGAGCUGACUCCUCCAGUAGCGGAAUAGGAACAGGAUGGAACGGUAUCCAGGGAGAAAAACAAGAUAAAAGAAGGAUUGAGGAAGGAUGGAAAGGAGAGGACGGAUGGGAGAGAAGAAGACCAAACUCUCCGGCUAGAAUAGCUGCUAAAGCUGCGGCAGGUUGGGAAAGGUUUCUAGGCCCAUCAACAUCAGCUCCGGAUCCCUUUAAUAUACAAGAGAGAUCAGCUCCGGGUUCCUCUUGUAUACAGGGGAAAUCCCCUUCUCAGGGUGCAUCUACGGUACAGGAGCGAUCUGCUGCUUUUAAUUCAAAUCAUGGAGUUCAGUUUAGAAGAAAUAAGAAGUUGUUGAAUGCGUGUAGCGAGGAUUCUGGAGCUAAAAGUUUAUCCUAUGUUCUGGAUUCCUUGAACCUAAACCCUCUCCAGGCUAGAUCUCCAGCACUGCACAGAAGUUCUCCAAACCUCAAUAGAAACUCAUUGAUCCUCCAAUCCUCUCCGACUCAACCAACAGAGGAGGUUUGUUCUCCGUCAAGAAGAAGAUCGUCCUCUAGACAAUCUUCUCCACGAAGAUCCUCUUCCUACCGGAGGUCUGGAGGUUGUAGAGAGAUCAGAGAAUCUCCAGGCUCAGAGGAAUCUUCCUCGCACCUCUGGUGGAACAAUAAUCUGGAGAAGGUUAACGAGCAGUGCCGGGGGAGAGCUUACAGUAAUAACAGUGCUGACACAGCAGCUGACAACGGACUAAAGAGCUUACACGAUCACAGCAGUAGUGACAGCGGUCUCAGCUCCCUUAGCGGCGGAUCAUCAUACUUACCUAGUACAGGGACCUCAUACUUAACCUCAAUUGGAGGUCGAACCUCCAGUAGAACCUCCAGUAGGUCAUCCUGUUUAUCCCCACUCUCCAUCCUCUCAUUCGGUUCAUCCUCCGGCUCCAGUAGGGCCAGCCUCAGAUCUGGUUCUAUAGUCAGCUCCACAACUAUACCUUUAGAGGAGGAGGAAGAGGAGGAGUCGAGCUUUCAAUUUCAGGAGGUACUGUAUGAAGACGAUAUUGAGAGUAUUGAGAUGUCUACAGCUCUGCUUCAAGUUUGCAAACCUAGUCCACAAAUAUCUCAAGCUCUUGGUGUAUUUGAACCCUGUGAUAAGUCUGCCCUGGAUUAUCUGUGUGAUGUUCUUGAACUCGGAUCCCGUCCUGCCUCACUUCAAUCCCGUGUACGGAGCUCACGCUCCUCCCCAUCCUACUCCGCGAGUAUAGACUUCUUAAAAUGUCGUCUUCUUUCCAGGCUGGAGAAUAAGCUCUCAAACCUUCUCUAUCUUCAGGAACUUGGGAAAGCUGAACAAGAAAGAAAUGAGGAACGAAACAAAGAAUUAAUUGAAAAACUGUCAGCAACUUCUCAAAAAUCUUAUGUUGACAAGUACAGGGUGCAGGUGGAUGAACUAAAUAAGAUCUGCCUCCUCCUCAUAUCUCUAGCUUGCAGGCUUGCCAAAACCCAGAACUCUCUCAACAGUCAAAACUUGAUGGAUGAAGAUAAAAGUUUACAAAGAAAGGAGGAAAAAUUAUUAGAACAAUUUAAAGAAGCUCAAGAACUGAAGACGAGUGUAUUCAAGAGGGUUUCAACAGUUUCAGCAUUUAUUCAGGAACUACUAGGAGACCAGGAACAGUCUCUUCAUACACUGUACACACGUGUACGUGUACAGCUGUUAGUACAACAACGGCUCCUGGCGGAUAAAAUGGAAAUCACAGAACAAAAAAUUGCGGCACUUCGCACACUUUAGUUACACAUUUCUUCUCAAAAUACAUUGUCUUAAAAACCUGAAAAUACGACUUUCCUUAACAAAUUUAUAAAUUUUUCCUUAACGUGCUUAAUUAAUAGUCUUUACUAUUGAUUAGUGAGGAAUGAGGAUAUUGUCCUAUUGUUGAUUAUAACAUACUCCGACAGGACCUUACUUAUCUGUUAAUUAUACAUUGUAUUUUGUUAGAUGUUAGUUGGUCAAAUAAAGGCUGUGUUAAAACAAA